CAAUUUUUUUAAUAUUGCAAUCUUUUACUUCCCAUCAUAUUGCUCUCCCAUCAUAUAGCUUCUUUUAAUUUACAUUUUGUUAAUAUAAUAAGUUUUGUCUCGCUUUCAAGUUUGUAUCAUAAUUAUAUACAGGUCUUUUUCAGAUCUUUUCUAUAUCGUGCAACGAAAUAGAUAAAUUAUUUCUGAAGGCUGUAAAAGAUGAAGAUAAUAAACCUUCGUCUUAGUCUCUAAUAUAGUCUCUGAGGGCCGUUAGAUGUCGAGCAUGAAGCCCUUCUCUGAGUGAAGGAUGAGUAAAUCAUUGUGAUUUUGAAAACUGGAGGGAGUUAUCAGACGUGAUAGUUUGGAGAUUUUUGAUAGAGAAUGAAAUGGGUACUGCAGGGGGCGUUUCAGGUUUUUUAAGGCUUCGUUUAUUGCUGAAUAAGGGAGUCUUUGAUGAAUUAGCGAAAUGUUUUGGUUAUCAGUUUAUGCAUAAAUUGAGUCAACAGGAGGAUUUAAUGUCCACGAUUUACAGGAUUUGAAAAAAGUAUGGUUGGAUGUUGCUAAAACUCGGUGCUAAAACAUGGUUUCUUGCCAUUCGUGCAUCAUCAUCUACGUCGUCGAGGAGAUUAACCAAACGACCAAUCAUUCCGGAUAAGACUAAUCGAAGAGGCGAGGCAAAAUCAUUUGUUGAUCAAAGGAGAAUAAAUUGUAAAGCCGGUAAUGGUGGCGAUGGCAUGGUUUCAUUUCGACGUGAAGCAGGUGUCAUGUUCGGCGGUCCAGAUGGAGGUGAUGGAGGAAAUGGUGGUCACAUUAUUUUCGAAGUGGACCCACUUGUUAAAGAUCUUUCUCGCUUACCAACUAUGAUAAAAGCGAUGAAUGGUGAAGGUGGUCAUUCGAAAAGUUGCCAUGGGAAAAGUGCUCCACAUAAAGUAAUCAAAGUACCUAUAGGAACUAUGUUUAAGGAACCGCACACCGAAAGGGUAAUAACUGAUUUGAACAAAGAGGGAGCGGUCUUCCUUGCUGCUAGGGGAGGUGCUGGUGGCCACGGCAAUCAAUUUUAUAAAACAAAUGAAGUACGAGUUCCAUUGAAGGCUGAAUUAGGUGGAAUAGGUGAAGAGCUAACAUAUGACGUGGAAAUGUGCAGAAUUGCUACUGCUGGAUUAAUAGGAUACCCUAACGCUGGAAAAUCUUCACUUCUGCGUGUGAUCUCUAGAGCUAAACCAAAAGUGGCUUGUUAUCCAUUUACUACGUUAACAGCCUACGUCGGUAUUGUGCAUUACGACGAUUUCACACAAAUUGCUGUGGCAGAUAUUCCUGGUCUUGUCGAAGGAUCACAUUUAGAUGUCGGGCUUGGACAUAGCUUUCUAAAGCAUAUUACACGGUGCCACUGCUUGUUUUAUGUUUUGGAUUUAACACUAUCUCAAUUACGGGAGCAGUUUGAUUCAUUAAAAUUUGAAGUCAAUCAGUACCAGCAAGGUUUAGGUAGUCGAUCUAGCACCAUUAUUAUAAAUAAAAUGGAUUUGGCGUCACUGGAUUUUGAUAAGGAUGCUAUUCGGCAGCAGUUUCCUGGUUAUUCGAUAUUCUUUAUUUCGACUAAAUUCGGUACUGGUAUUGAAGAACUUCUAGUGCAUUUACGUAUGCAGUAUGACCAUGCAAACAAUAUGAUAGCACAGCAGACACAAGACUUGUAGGAGAAUCACAGCAGUAAAAGUAUAAGAGAGAGUCAUUGCUGUUCAUCACGAUUAUUUGUUCGUUUAGCAAAAAAUCAUUGUAAUACGUCAGAUUAUUGUACCCAGUAUAUCUAUGUGUAACCAGAAAUUUUUGGCAUACGUAAGUGAACCAAGCGAUUCACUUACAUGUGAUCGCGAACAAAACUGAGUACACCGCAAAUGCAUCUGAAUCAGUUCAUCCAUAUUAACGAUAACACUAUAAAUCCGGAAUUCCGCAGUAAACAACCAAUGAAUUGUUGAUUCCUAAGGUUUGUGUAUUUCAUAACAUUGUCAUUCCCAUGAACUUGUCCGACUAUUUAAUAAAAGCGCAU